GUAGGGAACGUCCCGUACGAUGCCACCGAGGAGAGACUCGCGGACAUCUUCUCCGAGGUCGGCCCCGUGCAUCAGCUCGUGACCGAUCGCGAUACGGGCAAGCUCAAAGGCUACGGCUUCGCGGAGUUCAUGGACCUCGCGACCGCGCAGUCCGCGAAGAGAAACUUGAACGGCAGGGACUACAACGGACGCGCGCUGCGCGUGGAAUUCCAGGACGGCGAGGACGGCGCCCCACCCGCGAAGAAGCCCGAUCGCGGCGCCCCCCCCGCGACCGCGAUCGCCGCGAGCGGCGUCGCCGCCGGCUCGGGAUUGGACGCCAUCACCGCGCGCAUCGCGGAGAUGUCCCCCGCGCAGCUCUUCAACGUGUUCAACCAGCUCAAGGCGCAGAUCCAGUCGAACCAGUCGCAGACGCGGCAGAUGCUCGUGCAGAACCCGCAGCUCACGUUCGCGCUGUUUCAGGCGCAGCUCACGCUCGGGAUGGCGAAGCCGCCCGUC